UAUAUAUAUGUCUGCAAAUAUGUAUGCAAUUAUCAUUCUCUGCAAUAUACGAGUACACCUCAACCAAACAGUCAACAUUUCUCUCAAACGUCGGUGACGGUGACUGCUACUCAGACUGCCACUCGAUACCUUUCUAUUCUAUUGCAUUCAUUACCUUCAUUACCUUCAUUACCUUCAUCUACCCUGAGUUCAACUUUCCAUCUCCAUUUUCAUACCUCUUGUGUCAUGUUUUUGCGGAAACUCUACAAGGCGGAUACUGCAUCAACCAUCGUGAUUGGUGAAUCUCUGGUACCUGAGCCAUCUGUACAUCGUAGUGUCGGACUCAAUUCGGGCACGCUAUACUCUAUCCUAUACUUCUGACAUCACAAGGAGAGUAAACAAGCUCGCACGCAAAGCUUUCCAACAACGACAAUGCGAGGUGUGAAAGACGGCCCGGGGUGAUUGAUUCGAAUGGUUGAUUGAGUGGUCUGAAGUCGAAGGUUGAUGCUACUCGAUGCUACUCGAGUAUGCUAUCCAUAUGAUGUAGAUGCUAAGGGUGAUCAAUCCAGAGUACAGUAGCUCGAGUAGUAUCAUGGAACAUCAAUUUGAGAUUAAAAUAUAUUUAUGUGAUGAGAUGUAUUGAAGAGUGGGAGAUGCAAAAGAAAUACAAACCCGAUACACAAGAGAUGGAUAGAUGGCACGUGAUGAAUAUUAUUUUUACUCAAGUACUCGUACUCGUACAGCUUCCAGAGCUACGAGGCUGCCUAGGAUUCAUUUGUCUCUAGCAAUAAUAUAAAGCGGUGAGCCUUCUUUUCUUUAAGCGGGGCAGUAUUUUGAUUGUUGUUGAUGCUCAAUCCUCAAAACAAUAACCGUAGAACAUUUCAAUAGACCUUCAAAGCCUUAUUAGAAGCUUUCAAUUCUACAGAAGGCGUCGUGAAAUCACGAAUAGUAAUCUCAAUCUCAUUGUCACAAAUCAGUCAAUCUCUCGACUCCUAUCCGGCCUCUCAAAAUGUCAACUCUCCCCAGUAAUCAUCCGCUUUCAUUGCGCCCAGCACCAAAUACAUCCAACACCUCCAUUCCAUUACCCCAACUGAUCGCAAGAAUCAAUGCCGAACGAGGUGGCUUUCGCAAUAUUUCAGAAGACAGUCUGCGACAAGAAAUUGCGGAAGCCGAGGCCGGAGGAGAUGAAGAGGAGAAUGAGAGUUCCAGUGAGGAUGGAGAAGCAGAGGAGGAACCGGAUCGAAUGAAAGAACUUCUCACAGCAAGAGAUGAGAUUCUUGGUCAAAUUGAACAUGCCCAUAAUGCGGCUAUGAUAUCUCUUGAUUUCAUUUCCCUCCUUCUUUCGAAAGAUACUCCCGUGCAAGCUAGCACAUCAAUAUCACCAUCACUUCGUGAAUUGGCUGGGAUGGGUACCUUGGGUGCGGAUAAAACAGUAGCCCCACGGUUUACCAAAGAACAAAAUAAAGACAAUAAAAAGAUAGCCAAGGGUUGGAAAGCAUCAAAUCUUAGCAAGACCGUAGAUUCAAUUUUGGCGUCUGCCACCCGAUUGGAAAAAGAAAUUGAUGCAGAAACCAAAUACUGGGAACAGGUACUUGCUGUUAGUGAAAGUGGAUGGGCAGUAUGCCGAUUGCCCCAAGAAAAACAUACACUGGGUGUUAGAUUUGGAUUUUCAGAGGCCUCUCCAACAUUUCGAAAUCGUAGUCUCGGUGCACUGAGACGGAAUCCUGAUGGGUCAAUAUAUUUGGACCAAGGGAUUGCAAGUCCAGAGCCUCAGAGUAUACGAGUUUUGAUCGAAACCAAUGGAGUUACAACCGGAGAAACCAUACUUCCUAAAGCAGUACCACAUGAUGCACCAAUUCAAGAUUUAAUUCUUCAAGCACGAAACACGAUUUUUGCCUCUGAACUUUGGCAAGAAAUGACUCGGGAAGUUCGAACUCUCGCAUCUCAUGGCCUCCAAUCAGAUUCCAAAACGAACACGAUCAGAUUUCCAGUUUCUUCAACUAAAAGGAUCUUAAUCGAGCUUCAGACAGUACCUACCGAUCCUUUCCGGCCAGUUCUUGGUCCAAGACCGGAUUCAUACCUUGCCAAUGGCAUCUAUCUAACUCUUCACCUUCUUCUGUCUCUUUCACAUCGUCAACAAUAUCGUAUUCGGACUCGUCCACCACCACCAAUCUCUAGCCAACCGCGUCCAAACAACCCAUUUCCUAUUCUACGCUCUUUAGUGACUCGCCUCGCUCACGAAACGGUCGUUUCAUCCCUUCACUCACUUCUCACCCCGCUCUGUAAGACACUUACUUCUGCCUCCCUUCCAACUCCACCAACCUAUACCAUUAUUCCGGGUACUUCUUCACCUUUACAGCAUCUUUCAACUCCCGAACGAAUCCUCACAGCUUUAACAAAUCAACUCGAAUCCCUAACCACAAUUAAUUUCCCCUUUCCCCUAUCAUCACCACCUCAUUCCUCAAUCCCAUCCUCCUUUUCACACACAACUCCACUCACUCCAUUACCUUCGUCCCUUCAAAUUCGUACUGUAACCACUACCCUCAAUCACUCUCGACCAAUCUACUAUCUACGCAUAACACCAGAAACUUCUCCUCUCCUCCAGAUUUGUCCCCCACCCAACACAGUACCAGAGUGGGAUUAUGUCAAAAAUUACAUUCUCUGGGCCGUCAGCUGUUGGCUCGCACACAUCUUCUCCUCUUCAUCCAAAUCAAGUGAAGAUAAAGAAGAACCUUGGAGACCAACGACUCAGCCCAAUAUCCUCCGCAAAAUCUUCUCAGGAGAAUCACCACAUGAAGGAGGCGUCAAACAAAUCUGUUUCGACGUCUCGUCGGUUCCGAUCUUGGGACCAGAAGCUCCGAAUAAGAUUGGAGAGAUGGGGAAGGAGAAGAUUAAAAUCUCGGUGAGGUGGGACUGGACGACGGGCAUGGAGCAGGAGUGGAAGGAGAAGGGCGAUUCGAAAAAGGGGGAAGGGGUUUAUGAUUGGUAUUAUGGUGGGGUGCAGGGAGGAGAAUUGGAGGAAGUGGUUAGGAAAAUGGGAGAGGUGGUUGAGGAGGCUGGGAGGGGAAGGGAGAGGAAUUAG